AUGCUUCUAAUAAAUGAAAAAAAUGAAUCACCUUUAUGGAUAAUAGCAAAACUUAAAAAUAUUGAGUGGAGAAGAAGUUGCCUUUCAACAGAACGAUGUGCUGAACCACGAUUUCAAUUGAUUACAUCACUUUUAAAUGAAUUUGAAAUGCAUCGUAUAGAUUCACCAGUUAAUGUUGAAAGUGUUUUAAUUCGUGAAAUAAUAUUAAAUGUCUUUUUUGAAAAUGCUCAUCCCGAAAAUGUUUUACUAAAAGGUUAUAUUGUUGGAUUAGAUCCUUUAUAUAAAAUUCCUAAUGAAUGUGAUAAAUCAAAUGAAAUAUUAGUAUUUAAAUUACCAAAUCAACAAAAUAUAUCAUUUUCACAAUCUACAGUAACUGUUGAAUUACAGGGUCGCUGUUUUAAUGCAUUUGUAGAAAUAACUAAAUAUCAAAACAUUUGUCCAUGGUGUUUAGAUACAAGUUUAAAAAUUGAAGAUAGAACUGAAAUGUUAAGUAAAAAUUCUUCUAUACUAUCAUUUAAUAAUAUACCACUUACUACAGAAAUGUUGGUAUUUUUUGGUAUUGUAAUACUUAUUAUGACAACGGGUUGUAGUGUUUGUUUAAUUUCUAUCAUCAUUACCAAUCACAAACAACAUGUCAAAGCCGAAUCACUUUCUAUGUCUAAUAAUCAAAAAUCUGUUAAUACAUUAAUUAAUACAUUACCAUCUCAUCCUACGCAUUACACGAAUACUUCACAAAUAAAUAAUACACUUGCAAAAAAACCCUUAUGUUUUCCAAUAGAAAGUACCUAUGAAACAAUUGAUACAUGCGAAAAUGGGAUAUACAAAGUUGAACCAAAUAAUAAUGAUGAAUAUUUAGAAUAUUGGAUGAGUAACAAUAUAAAUCGAACAAUUUAUCCAAUAAUUCAUAAAUUAGAAUUUUCACAAAACACAGAAUUUACAAAUUCUGGUACAACAACAUUUGAUCCCAAAAAAUCUACAAAUACUACUAGAACAAUUCCAGAAUUUCAAAAUUCAUUUAUUUAA